AGACUUGCCGACCCUUCAGGUUUCACAUAUUUGGCACAUGUCUGGCUAUGGUGCCGAAGGUGCCCAAGGUCGCAGCUCCUCGGACGUCUCCCCAAGCGCUGUUCCAUGGCGCACCGGGGCGGCGCACUUAGAAGAACUCCAUCUGCGAGCCUUUAACGAGUCACAUCCAGACUCUGACAAAAUGGACAGCUCUGUUGAAGCAGCCUGCCGUCGAGUGGAAGCUAGAGAUCCUGUGCUCGCUGCGCGUGGCACAACGAUGCCGACGACCAGGAUUCUUUCGGAAGAGAAAGCCGAGUUUGUCUUGGCCCUGGAAGAUCCGAUGUCCUUUGAGAUUUACAGCCGCAUCAUCAACAACUUGGAGCUGAAGUUCAGCGCAGCUAAGACGCUAGAUGAAGCUCUGGCUGCUGUGUACAGUGCGCGCGUGCGAGGUGUGCCAUUGAUGGUUUUGGUGGAUGUGUUAGAGUGGGAGCCCAAACUGCUUGAAGAGCAUAAGAAGGGCAAGUUUCCUUUCGUCGUACGCAUUUCCAUUGAUGACAAAAGAGGUCCUUGCGAUGCGGUCCUGGCUCCAUCAGAACCCAGUGUGACCCUUCAGCACCUUCACAAUAGCUGCAUCGAUCUUUGGCGCAGCCAGAUCAAGCACGCCGCGGGCGCUGUGCAGACAGCUGCACAAACCCAAAACACCGGUUGAAACACCUCAAAAACAUCCCCAACCGAC